UCGGUAUCAUAAGGGAUUGCACCGUAUUUCAUGGUGGAUCCAAGAACAUCCAAUAAUUACCCGUUUAUAUAUGUAGCUCUUUAAAACCCUACUCUCGAGUUCUCCUCUGUUGGGCUCAUCCGAAGUUCUAACAGGAGCACCGUUACAAGCAGAGACAAGAUGGCUGUUCCCUUGCUAAGCAAGAGAAUUGUGAAGAAGCGUGUCAAGAAAUUCAAGAGGCCCCAGAGUGACCGGAAAAUUUCUGUCAAGCCCAGUUGGCGAAGGCCAAAGGGUAUUGAUUCACGUGUAAGGAGAAAGUUCAAAGGAUGUGCUUUAAUGCCAAACAUUGGUUAUGGUUCGGACAAGAAGACCCGACAUUAUCUUCCUAAUGGAUUCAAGAAGUUUGUUGUCCACAAUGUCAAGGAUCUGGAACUUCUGAUGAUGCAUAACAGGACAUACUGUGCUGAGAUAGCACACAAUGUGUCAACCAGGAAAAGAAAGGAGAUUGUAGAACGCGCAUCACAGUUGGAUGUGGUUGUUACUAACAAACUGGCCAGGUUGCGCAGCCAAGAGGACGAGUGAUUGGUGUUACUAUAUCAUAUUAUUUUGCUUUUAUCAGUUAUGGCAUGGACUUUGCAGAAAAUCCUUUUCCGAGUGAUUGUGUUUUUGGAUUACAGUGUUUGGAUCUAGAGCUUUUAGAGGUACAAUUUGUUUGACACAUUCAUAUUAAUAGUCAUCUUAUACUCUCUUCCCCGGUUCUUGCUAUCA